AUGAUCUUCCCUGUUUACUUUGUCUUCCUUCUCCUCUCCCACCUGCUGACCCUCCUCCCAUCCACCUCGCCCACCCCCGUCAACACCACAAUCUGGCAGCCCCGCGUAGGCACAACCUGGCAGAUCGAGCUUCCCGAAAAGCUGACAGACUCGAUGCUGAACGUGGAGGUGUACGACAUCGACCUGUUCAUCAAUCACAAACCCACCAUCGACACAUUGCACGCGAAGAACCGCAAGGUGAUCUGCUACUUCUCCGCCGGCACGUACGAGCCCUACCGCUGCGACCACCGCCGAUUCCACGAAGAGGACAUGGGCAAGAACCUCACCAAUGCCGACUGGCACACCGAGCGCUGGCUGAACAUCAACUCGCCCAACGUCCGCAGCAUCAUGUCCUCGCGUCUGGAUCUCGCGGCGUACAACGGCUGCGACGGCGUGGACCCCGACAACGUGGACGGGUACAACAAUGACAACGGACUGGGGCUGACCGAGAAGGAUUCCGUGGAGUACGUGCUGUGGCUGGCCAAGGAGGCGAGCAGUCGUGGCUUGGCGAUCGGGUUGAAGAACGCGGGCGAGAUCAUCAGUCAGACCAUCGAUCAUAUGCAGUGGAGUGUCAAUGAGCAGUGUGCGCAGAAGCACGAGUGUCAGAUGUUUGCGCCGUUUGUGGAACAGGGCAAACCCGUCUUCCAUAUUGAGUAUCCCAAGGGAGAGGACGUGGCUGAUGAGAACCCGGUCGAUGAUGAGAAGAAGAAGCAGGCGUGUGAAUUCGAGAACUCGGGUUUGUUUUCCACGGUGAUGAAGAAUAUGAAGCUGGAUAAGUGGCUGCAGAAUUGUUAG